GUUACUUCUGUUUAGUCACAUCGCUGCUUCGCCGGGCGGGAUUUCCGCAAUAAUAUCAAGUAUGGCGAAAACAUAUGACUAUUUGUUUAAAUUACUGUUAAUCGGUGAUUCUGGAGUCGGGAAGACCUGCGUCCUGUUCAGGUUUUCAGAAGACGCCUUCAACUCAACGUUUAUCUCAACAAUAGGCAUUGAUUUCAAGAUUAGGACAAUAGAGCUUGACGGCAAGAAGAUAAAGUUACAGAUAUGGGAUACAGCAGGUCAAGAGCGCUUCCGAACAAUCACAACAGCCUACUACAGAGGGGCAAUGGGCAUAAUGCUUGUCUAUGACAUCACAAACGAGAAGUCUUUCGAUAAUAUCAAGAACUGGAUAAGAAACAUAGAAGAGCAUGCAUCUGCUGAUGUUGAGAAGAUGGUUCUUGGCAACAAAUGUGACAUCAAUGACAAGCGGCAGGUGUCCAAAGACAGGGGAGAGAAGCUUGCACUAGAAUAUGGAAUCAAGUUUAUGGAAACCAGUGCAAAGUCCAACAUCAACGUGGAAAACGCAUUUUUGACACUCGCCAGAGACAUUAAAUCAAAAAUGGACACAAAAUUGGAGGGUAACACGCCACAGGGAAGCAGUCACGGAGUCAAAAUUUCCGAGCCUCCAAAAAAGACCAGCUUCUUCCGCUGUAGCCUACUCUGAGGACUGAGGCCUUCAAUACUGGCUGCCCGCUGGCUGGACAUAAAUGGACUGUGCUCACUCUUAGCACUUCCUUCCCCUUUCCUCUUUCUCCCCAACCAUGGCCUGUCCUCCCAGUCCACAUAAACCAUUAUCCUCUCAGCAAGGGGAGGACUUCCCCUACUCUCUUCCUCUUCUGAAAGCUUCCAGGGGUGCAUCUCUUCCAUUUUACAGAGAUCUGUUGUCUUCAUAGGUCAGAGUACGUGGUGGAGAACUCAGUUAGGAACAUUAUCCAGAUGUUCCAUUUCACACAAAAGACAGGCUCUUACUUCUGAUGUUAGUUUCUUUGUUCUGCGCACUCAUUUGACAUAGCUGGUAGCACAACCAAGGAUGAGAAUUCAUCUAACUUAUGUAUUGUGGGAUUGGAAAACAAAUGUGAUAUUUAGAUCUAUUUUUAAUAUAGUGCUCUUUCCCUUUUUAUGUGACAAAUGUUGACCAGAGGCUGAUAGGCUUGAACUCCAGUGAAACAGAGUUGCACAGGUUUUUUUUCCCCGCGUUUCAGAAUAAUAUCAACAAUGAUGUUCUCAAGAUCAGAGAGAAAUUGGAUUCGGAGGUUUUCUGCUAGAGUUCUACUGGAUGUGAAUGUAGUCCUCGACAAUCAUUUCAUGUAACUAAAAAUGUGUUUCAUCAUGCCCCGAUCACGGCCCUCAAAUCUUCUCAGCCUGUGCAGGGAGGCAGUUUGACUUUAUAGUACCUUGAACUACAGUCUAGAUUUUAGUCUCUGCAGGUAAAGUUCUGUUGUCAAAAGAUACACUUAACAUUUUGUGGUGGAGUAACAUCUUUCUGUUGAGGUUGUUUCUGGUAUAGUAACCAGUGAGGAAGUGUUGUGUGUGUGUCUGCAAUAUAUAUGUAUAUAUAUAUAUAUAUAUAUAUAUAUAUAUAUAUAUAUAUAUAUAUAUAUAUAUAUAUACAUAUACACAAACACACAAUGUUUGAGUACAUUGUAUGAAAGUAAAAAAGAGGCUUGCACUGCAUUGUUACCCACUUGUAAGUAUAUUUAGAACAUUUCUGCAAGUACUCACUGUAUAAUUAACUAUCCUCUCUUACGUACAAUGUAAUAAGGUAUAAUACAUGCUUUGUCAUUUAAUUAAUCCUCUUCAAUUGGUGUAAAAGGAAGCACUCCUGCAAAUAAUACUUACGUUAAAGUUAAAAAUGUCAGUUAGAAAUGCCUAAAGCCUAAGUAGAUGUCCUGAAGUCCAAAAGCAUUCAGUUUAAUAUCCCACAAGACAAAGAAAAGCAGCCAAGUCUCUCAUUUUAGAAAACUACCUUAAAAAUUGACUUAAAGCAAUUGAUUAACAAAAAAGGUUGUCAUUUAUUUUCUCUCUGUCAACUAAUUGUCACAGCUCAGUAUGAAUUCAGUAAGUGUUAAACCAUUUAGUUUGGUUGCUCUGAUUCACGUUUAAGCUAAAUGACGUCUCUGGUUAUUUGACAUUAAAAUCACUUGAGGUUUCACACUGUAAGGCCCUUCAGCCCUUCUGUCCAUGCAGCUCUCCUUGCACUUUAACAGUAAAUCGUGUUUUGUGUGUAGUCUGUGCCAAGUGAUAGUUUUGCGAUACAACAAUGCAAUUACUUAUUUAACAAAGGCAUUUUUGAUCUUUUGAGUAUUGGUAAUGUAAUGGGCAUAUAAUACCAAAAUUAAACUACACUUACUUAUACAUGACUUGAACUUCUUAGCUGUUUCACUGCUAGCAAACCACUGUCCUGGUAUUAGGUCACUUAAAACCGUUUCCCUACUUCAACUGUAAUGCAGUCAUUUGUAUGUAAAAAAAUAUAAUUGUUUUUGAGACUCUGGUUCUAUACUUAUGCUUAUGCUUCUGAUAUUUUGAUAUCUUUUUGGCUCACAUGAAAGCUGGUUUGACUGAAGCUUAAAGGUCUCAGUUGUAGUAUUCUACAUUUUCUCGUUUGUGUUGGAUUGUAGCCCUUUAACAGGUAGAUGGCACCGGAGGCUCAAAACGCAUCUUAGGUGACCACAAAACUCAAGUUUUAAUCAGUAUUUCAUUAAGAACAUAAGCCACGUUUAUUUCAAAAUGUGUGAUGCAAACACAUACCCACUAUUUGUAUUUCUGGUGUUUUCAUAGCUUUUCAUGUUUCCUACAUUUGUUGUUAGUCUGAAAAUUAGGUUCCAAUAUGCAUCACAUCGAGAAGGAAUGGGUUUUUGCUUGCCUACACCUGUUCAAAAUCAAAUAAUUGGGGACCUCGUUACUACCAUGACCAUUUGUCUUAACCACUAGUACUCAGUUCUGUCAUAGGUGAGCUAUGCAUUGUGAAUCUUGGACCUGUGCAUAUUUGUGUAAUGUAACUUUCAGACAUACUUGUAGACCUGUACAGUUGAAUAUGCAGGCUUUUUUUGUUGUUGUUCUGUGUCAUUCAUUGAGCCAAAAGAGGACAUGCUCUGUUUAUAGAAGGCUGCAUUGCUGCAUGAAUGCAAGUGAAAAUGAGCCUGAUGGAGGAUUGUUGAGCAGGAAGAGUUAGCGCUGUCGUCUCGUUUGAGUGAUACCGUAGCUUUAAAUCAUAAACAUCGGGAGCUGACUGUUGUGGGACUCGAGCUGUAUCGUUUUUAACGAAAAUGAUACUUCCUUGAUUUUGUUUUUAAAUCAUAUCUUUUUCUUAAGAUUCUUAUCACGUCAUCAUAUACUGAACAUCCCUUUUUACAGCCAUAUUUUCAUUCCAUUGAUUGUGAAGUACACAGGGAGAGUAAUACCUUUUGGAAAAAGUGGUAAAAAAACAAACAAACAUUGUAAAUAUCACAUUAAAAAAGAGAUCUACUUAAAUUGUACUGUACUUUCUAAACCCAUAUAAAAAUGUAUCUACAAUUUGUAGGUAUGUGUACUUUUGUUUAAAUAAAAUAAUAUAAAACUCA